AUGUCCCAGUCACAGCAAGGCAGCGCCAACGCAAAGCGCGGUAGAGAGCGCAUCUGGCCUGGUGUGCCCUUGUUCAUGCGAAGAACGGGAAAGUCCAACACGACAUCGGUUGACAGCAAUGACAAGCUGCCAGGAAGCAGCUCGGACUCCAAGUCUUCGCCGUCACCUCCCCUGCCACACUCCAUAGACACUGCUACUCUGCGCCCUCACGAACGCACUGCGUCCUGGCGAAACCUACUCUCGCCGCGCUCACCCGGCGUGGAGGUGCCAGAGCUUCACCCUCUGCUGACCGAGAUCUUUGAAAAUCCGGAUGAUGUCGCUGCAUUUGCGGAUGCCCUUAGAGAUGAUGCGGGCAAGACGGAGCACGCGCACGAGCUCGGCCCGCUGACAGCCGACGAGCUGGCGCCUACUGCCGAAGACGACUAUCCUGGAGCGACGACCCUCAAAUCGCCAGGACUGGACGAGUCGACGAGCAAGAAUGAAUCCAGCGCUGAGAUUAGCUCUCACUCCCAGCAUCGUCAGAACAGUCAUCAAAGAAAGAUCGGCAAGAUAUCAGCGACUUCUGACUUUGCGCCUGUGAGGGAAAAGACGUCGCACAAAGCUUCCAAGAAGCACGACUCGGGCUCGCGUCAGGGCCCAGUCUACGCCGUGCUGCGAUUCCCCCUUCUGGUGGCCGUAUGGCUGGCGAUCAUUGUGCAAUUCCUGCUCUACGUGCUAGUCCGGCAGUGCGUGAACGUGAUCGAGUACCUAUCAGCUUGGCGAGGAGAGCGAGGGAGACUUCGUCGCAAGCUCAGAGCGUCACGCUCGUGGGAGGAGUGGACGACUACGGCCAAGGAGAUGGACAAGUUUGGCGGUUUUGGCGAGUGGAGGUACGAGGAUGCCAGUGGGCUGUAUGACUGGAGGUUGGUCAAGAAGGUCACCGCAAGCCUCAAAGGUGAGUGACAAUGCGAAGACUCUUGCAGCCUCCCUGAUCAUUGAUGUUCUGCGAUUCCUAAACCCAGCGUUCCGAGAGCGAGACGAUGCCGAGAACCUGCUUGGCGUGUUGGAUUUGUGCAUUCGUGAGUGCAAGAAGGUGGCUUGCACGAUCACAAGCACGGCAGUGGAAUCCUGAUGCGCGGGCGACUCUUCAGGAAACAAUUUUGCGGGCAUCGAAAAUUUCAGGUUGUACAGUGAGACAUACUUCGGCACUAAGUUCGCGAUAGAGGCCUACCUUCAGGAGGCCGAGAGAGGCCUUGAGUACGUGCGAACAACAGAAAAGGUCAGUGAUCGCCUGACUCUGCUCCCCUUUUGGUCGCACAUCGCCGACGUCGAGACUCUUGUUCCGUGCUUCAGCUUGCGAUCGAGCACAAACGACAAUUCUAUCGCAACGCUGCCAAGAAUUUGGGCAAAAGCGCACUGUGUCUUUCAGGCGGAGGAUCGUUCGGGUACUGUGAGUAUCAAAAAGUUUUACGUGGCUCGAAAGCAUGCUUUCAGGCUCACAUGUCCACACUCGAAACGCAGACCACAUUGGGCUAGUUCGAGCCUUGCUUGAUGCCGAUCUCCUACCUUCUAUAAUCACCGGUACCUCUGCCGGUGGUCUUAUCGCCGCUUUGGCUUGUACGCGAACCAAGGAUGAGCUCAAGCACAUCUUGGUGCCUGCGCUUGCUGAUCGCAUCACAGCAUGCGAAGAGUCCAUCACCAUCUGGGGUCCCAGAGCUUGGCGCACUGGUGCGCGAUUCGACCUUGUGCCCUGGGCUGAGAAGGCUCAGUACUUCACGAUGGGCUCCCUAACUUUUCUGGAAGCAUACAAGCGCACCGGCAAAAUUCUCAACAUCAGCGUAGUCCCGGUGAGUAGCUGGAAAAAGGCUACUCCGUGAUCGACGCUGCUUCAAAGCCACUGAUGCCGCCUCUACCUGCUGAUGCUAGGCUGAUCGCCAUUCACCAACAAUUCUUCUGAACAUCAUUUCUGCACCGCACUGCAUCAUUUGGUCUGCGCUGUUGGCUUCCGCUGCUGUGCCAGGUCAGUCUGCACGCGUUGCGCUUCCUCCAUGCAAGCGCUGAGACUGUCUCCACAUGGACUUUGCAGGUAUCCUCAAUCCUGUGUGUCUGAUGUCCAAGGAUCCUAAGACUGGGCAAGCGAAACCAUGGAAUUGGGGUCAGUAGCACUCGUGCAGCACUUUCGUGAAGAUUUCAGCUUACUGACUCGUCCACGUUGCGCAUUGCAGGUCAUCGAUUCAAAGAUGGCAGUCUGCGCGUCGAUAUACCCCUUCAAGACCUGCACGCCCUUUACAAUGUCAACUACCCUAUCGUGUCCCAAGUCAACCCGCAUGUGCAUCUAUUCUUCUAUAGUCCGCAAGGUGAGACGUCGUCAGGACUAUUGCUCGAGCUAGCUUCCCAUACUGACCCUUGUGACUGCUGCAGGUGCACCUGGACGGCCAGUCGCGCAUCGCAAGGGCAAAGGAUGGCGUGGUGGCUUCCUCCUAAGUGCUGCUGAGCAUGUUCUUAAGCUGCAUCUUUCGGUCAACUUCAAGGUAGUCCGUGAUUUGGAUCUCAUGCCCACCAUCCUGGGCGCCGACUGGUCUCAAGUCUUCCUGCAGCGCUUUGCUGGUGCCGUCACUAUUGUGAGCUUGCGGUGCAAAAUUGCGCUGGAAAGCAUGCACACGCUGACACCAUGGACCCUCUUAUCUCCCAGUGGCCGCGAACCCGCGCUUGGGACUGGGUACGGAUUCUUAGCGACCCGGACCGCAAGGAGCUAGCACGGAUGAUGCAGAUUGGCCGGACAGUAACCUUUCCGAAGCUUGUGAGCACCUUGAGACUGGACCGUGCAAUCCCUUAUGUGCUGAACUCGACCUCGGUUGGGGUUCCUCACAGCACAUGAUAUCAAACCGGCGGCGCCUAGAAGCGGCUGUGGAGCAGGGUAGACUGGAAGUCCGAAGAGCUGUGCGGCAACGCGCCGCUGAGCAGAGAACGCCUGCGGCUGCUGAAGCGGGAUUGUCCACCUCAGCGGACAAGGCGAGGCUCUCGGAUGAAAGCGCCAACGACCCCGGUGACUUCUUCCUUAGCAAGAAGCUGUCUGAUGGAGCGCGGCCAAGACUCUUUCCUCGUCUGAGCAGUUAUGCAUCUGCUCAGCUGAGCGAUGAGGGCAAUGCCACGCCAACUGACGUGGAAACGCCUGGGGAAUUUCUGCCGCGCCGUUCGCGCCUGCGAUCAGCCAACGAUGCGGACGUCAGGCAAUUUGGCGGCUCCAAGACCAGCCGCAAGGGGCUCUUGUGGCUGCGUGGCAAAGGAAAUGCUGACGAGGAUGGAGAUGACGCAACGCCUGCUUCAGUGAAGAACAAAGCUCACUCAGGAGUUGUGGAGAACGACUUCGCCAACAAGCCUCUCACCGCUGCGGCGCUCAGCCCGCAUGGAUCUACGCACGCCAAGAAAUGGCGACGCGGAUCAAUGCGCUCAGGUGAUCAUCAAAACGGCUUUUUCGACGAGGGCGAGAGCAACAGCUCCAGCGAAGAAGACGAUGACUCGUGA